CAUUCAGUCAGUCGAUCAGGACCCGAGCAGCAUGGACAUCACAACACUGUGCGCUAUUGUCACCUCUCUGAGAGUCAGCCCCAGUAGGAGCCAGUUCUUUCGAUAUGAAUCUGUCACGCUGAGCUGUGGGGAGCAUGAAAACUCCUCUGAGUGGAAAGUUAAGAGAAACACAGCCACAAACAUUAACGAAGAGUGUUCCAUUGACUGGGGGAAAAGAAAUGACUCCCAGUGCUUCAUCGAUGACGUUUACCCAUCAGACACUGGGAUGUACUGGUGUGAGUCUGGAGCUGGAGAGUGCAGCAGUGCCGUCAACAUCACCGUGAACGAUGGCUCUGUGAUCCUGGAGAGUCCAGUCCUUCCUGUGCAGGAGGGAGAAGCUGUGACUCUGCGCUGUAGAAACAGGACAAUGUUCUCCUCCAAUCUCACAGCUGAAUUUUAUAAAAAUGGCCUCCUCUUCGGGAGGAGCGCUACAGGAAACAUGAUCAUGCACGUUUCCAAGACCGAUGAAGGUCUCUACAAGUGUCACAUCUCUGGAGCUGCAGAUUCACCAGACAGCUGGCUGGCUGUCAGAGCAGGGCGUCCUGAAUCUUUUCGCUCCCCUCAUGCAUACAUUCUGCUUCCUGUGGUGGGCGUCUGCCUCUCACUAGCCUCGGUGAUGCUGCUGUGCCUCUGCAUGAGGCGCAAAGCGGGUGCUGCAGGUGAUAUGGACCCCGAGGUGUCAUAUAUUGACGUCACUAUCACACAGAUAGUGCAACCAAAGAAGGACAGAGGUAACACACACACACACACACACACACACACACACACACACACACACUUACAUCUUUUUGUAUCCUUUAGAUUCUGUGUAGGCACCUCACCAAUAUCACUGAUGCUCAGUAGAUAUGUCACAAAGAUCUUCUGAGCAGUUUUAAUCACUCGCUGCACAGCCCUCCUGUUCUGGGCCGAGCACAUCCCCAUGCCAGUUUGUGAUAUUUCUAGUCAGGAUGUUUUCCAUUGCUCCUCUGUAAAUUUAACAAGAUUUUGGCAUAGGAAUUUGGCCUUCUUAAGUUUCCAUAAGAAAUACAGCCGUUUCUGAGUUUUCAUCACCAGCGUGGAGAUGUGAGAUGACCACGACCGGUUCUCUGUGAUGCUGAAUCCCAGGAACCUAAAGUACUUACCUGCUCCACCUUAGCUCCACUGAUGUAAACAGAAGUCAGAUCCAGAAAUGUAACAUAAUGAGUCAUCACCAAAGUCUCAUUACUCUAAAGAAAAGCACAGAAUAUGGAAAUAUACAUGAAACAUGGAACACAGAUGUGGAUAUCAGAGAAUAAAGAUAUAAAACAAAAAGUAAGAAAAUGAGAAAACAGGAAAAAUAUUGCCCUCUAAAUGUCCACAGGGUUCAUAGUUAAUCUAACCAAUGUGUGUGAAACUUCUCUACAAAGGCUACUUCACAACAGUGUAAAGGUCUGUGUUAUUAUGUCUGCUGGGAUAAAUUAUCUAAAAGAUUUGAUUUGACAUAGAGAGAGAGAGCUUGGAGGAUAGAUUUGCUUUGCUUCCAGUGAACAUGUCCACCACUUACAGUUUAAUCAGGAGAGACUUCAUCUAAACAAAUACUUUAUUCACAUGAGCACAAUGAAUAUGGAAAAUGUCGAAUAGUCUUUGGCGAUUAGACCCCAUUGUGACAUCAUGAUAUUUAUAGGGAGUGGUGAAGCCAUUACGUGGUAUAGAGCAGACCUCAGCUUUAUUAUCUUGCUUGUUAAUAGUUUGCAUGUGUUUGUUUUUUCCUCAGAAAUGGAUGAUACAACAACCACCUACUCAACAAUCAAACCAGGAGCCACCUGAGAGAACAGCAGAACCAGUGUUGAAGUCUAUUUUAUAUAUGUAUAAUGUAUUAAACUGAAGAAAUGUUAAAUGUCUGUUUUAAUAAAACACAGUGGAUUACAGUUUUUUAAACUUCUUUUUUCCAAACCUCGUUGACAAUUGUUAGACACUCACCUGAGCAUUUUUUAAACUAUAUUUUAUUUAUCUGCUCUGUCUCACUUGCACAGGUUUUGUUUUGCAUUGUUCUGUCUGUGUUGUCAUGUGUAGGUGUGUAGUUUCAAAUAAUUUGACUCAUUUAAAGAAACUCUAUGUGUUUGAAGAGGAAGCUACUUUCUCAUUCCUGUCCAACAUAUCUUAAACUACAAAGAGAAUACAAUUAUUCAAGCAAGAAAUAAUGAAGAUAAAAAGACAGAGGAAGAAGAAAAAUAUUUAUAGUAUGUUUGCACUGUUUCAUAUGAAAUAAUUACUGUGCAGUGGAUCUGACACCUAGAUACAAAGAAACUGUAAAAGGAAAAGAACUUGAAAUAAAAAAGUACCUAUCUGUAUGUAUGAGUUUAUUGAUGUAGAAUUUGUUGAUUAUGCCAAUUAUAGAAUGGUUUCUUCUUCAUCAGGAAGUUUUUUUUGUCACACCAGCUGGUUUGUGGGACUUUUUUGAGAUAACAGAUGCUGCAGAGUAGAAACUUACUUUGUGUUAUCCUGAACUAAGUGUGUUAUGUUUGUUUCCUCCUACAGUCUAAACACAGGCUGUCUGUUCACGUGACUGAGUGGGUUUCUAUGUGAGCCUCGUAAUAAAGCGUGUACCUGACCUCUUGCCCAGUG